GCUUCGGAUCCCAUUCCAGCCAAAAGGUUGAAGCACGAAGACGCCUCAUCCCAGCCGCUGAAUGACAAAGACAAGCAGCAGGACUGGCUGCAGUCCCUGUCCUCCCCCAGCAAGGGGAUGAACGGCGUCCCGCCGAGGCCGAGGCCGUCCGCCUUCAGGCCGUGGUCUCCUCACGUCUCUGCCGGCGAUAAGGAGCCGUCCAAUCACCCGCUGGCCCUCCUGAGGGACAGCUUCUACAACUACAAGAGCCUGGAGAGCGCCGUGGCCCCCAAUGUGGCCCUAACGCCCCUCCCUCUGGGCAAGAUGGCCCCCAAGCCGCUGUCCGUACCCAGCUCCUCCCACCCGAGUGGCGGUGAGACCCCUGGUGAUGGCGCCGAGUCCAGGCCUCGGAAGAGAAAAGCCACGGAGGAGGCUCCGCUGGCGGCCCCAGAAGCGCCCCGCCCCCCGUCCUCCUCCGCCAGCAAGCUGUCCCCGCCCGCCGACGACAGGGACUCGGAGGUGGAGAUCGAGGUGGAGAGCCGCGAUGGACUCACCUCCUCCUCCCUCUCCUCGCCCUCCUUCACCUCCUCCAGCAGCUCGGCCAAGGACCUGAGCUCUCCGGGGGCGCCGGGGCCCCUCCCCACCGCCGCUUCGGCGGAAAGCGCAGCGCCCUCGGCUCCUGCGCCCCCGCCGGAAUCGGGGCUGGACUCGGAGCUGGAGAGCCUGAGGCAGGCGCUGGACGGGGGGCUGGACUCCAAAGAGUCCAAGGAGAAGUUCCUGCACGAGAUCGUGAAGAUGAGAGUCAAGCAGGAGGAGAAGCUGGGGUCGGCGCUGCAGGCCAAGCGCAGCCUCCAGCAGGAGCUGGAGUUCUUGCGCGUGGCCAAGAAGGAGAAGCUGCGCGAGGCCACCGAGGCCAAACGCAACCUGAGGAAGGAGAUCGAGCGCCUGCGAGCCGAGAGCGAGAAGAAGAUGAAGGAGGCCAACGAGUCCCGGAUGCGGCUGAAGAGGGAGCUGGAGCAGGCGCGGCAGCUGAGGGUCUGCGACAAGGGCUGCGAGGCCGGCCGGCUCCGCGCCAAGUACUCCGCGCAGAUUGAAGACCUCCAGAUGAAGCUGCAGCACGCAGACGCAGACCGCGAUCAGCUGCGAGCUGACCUCCUGCAGGAGCGGGAGGCCAGGGAGCACCUGGAGAAGGUGGUGAGGGAGCUACAGCACCAGCUGUGGCCCAAACCCAACAGCAAAGACGGGCCGUCCAAGGACACGCACGCCAACAAGUGAACCAGCAGCUGACUCAUUGCCAUCCAAGAAGCCCCACCCCCAGCGCCUGUCACCUGCAUCCUCCCACUCCACACCUGUCCCCUCCCCCUGCAGACAGAGGACGGGAGGACGUGCACUGACCCAGCUCAGGAACCUCCAUCAGAGCGGUGACCUGUCGAUCGCCGGUCUGCUCCGCCAUCCUCACUGUCCUGCAGAAACAAGGUUCUGUUCAGUUGAAGUUCCUUUUGUCAGCACUUGUUGAUCCGAUCGGACUCCGUUCCCAUCCCCACAGACGAGUGUGGCCUCAUGCAGUUCCCCGAACAUGUUCUCGCCUUCGUUGUCCUGGACUAGAUAAACACUCGUCAAACCUUCUUUUUAGCAAGUCGACGCCUGUAAAUAGGAUUCUUUUGUACUUUACAGUCAUGAACGGCACUUUGUCCUGAGAGAAAACUGUCCGAAAGCAUCUUCCCGCUCCUCCACCUCUUUCUUUGGUGUCGCCCGUCCGGCGCAGAGAUCCACCGCUCUGCUUGUAAAUACGUCGGCUGGAUUCUGGGAAGGCCGCCAGUCUGGAGCGGCGGCGGCGGUCCGAAUGUACGCCGUGUUGAUGCUGUUUUGGCUUCGGUUGGUUUUAACGUGCAAAUAUUUUACUGCUCGUCUGUUAUGGUCACUUUUUCUCCUCCAGUAGAAAACUCAUAUUUUCCUUUAUGCAUGAUAUCUGAGACGCUUUGCCAUUCAUAUAGUCAGUUAUUGGGCAUUGAUACUGUACAUGUAAGGAGUUUAUUGUGUUAUGCAAUAUCAAAUGAGUUUUUCUGCAGAGAAACAAUUAUCCUAAUUACAAAAAAAAGCCAUGAGCUGUUUUAGGAAAAAAAAAGCUUUACAAAAAAUGUCAGAAUAAGAGGAAAUCAAUGCAAUGCUGGAAAAGCUCAAGUGCCUGAGUGAGGGCGAAAGGUUUCCAGAGAGGGACAAGUGACGAGGAGGAGCGCUUCUCCUCCACUUCCUGGUUGCAGGUUUCAGAUGAAGUUUCUCUGCAAAAAUGAGAUUUUAACCCGUUUAUUUUUACACUCGGAUAACAUUUUUACAAAUGAUAAAGAUGCAAUAACUAGACAGGUAUCACUAGAUUUUUGCAGUCAAAAUAUUUCAAAUGUGACAAAGUUUCCCUUUUUUUAAAGCGUCUUACAAUGAAAGAUUCCCCGAUUUUAUCGCGUCUUUCCGAUACCUGUGAAGUCGUCGUCUUUAUCACUUGUAAUGCAGGCUUGUUGACCUAACCAUAACACAAGUGUUUUUGCAGUGAAUCAGUAUUGUAGUUUACAGAAGUUUUCUUCUUCUUGAGAGCAGAGAACAAACGACGCUUCAUCCCUCGUUCAGGCCGUUUGUAUAGAAGCUUUCCGUUUGGACGCCCCUUUUUAUCCCGCUCUGAAGCCCGCAGGACAACCGCAAAUUAGUACCUUUUCUAGUUUUUGUGCUCAAAAAUGUUGCUUUUCUACAAAAACUUUUGAGGAAAAAAAGACAUUUGGUUUUGUGCUCUCCUGACAAAAAAAGCAAUUUUAACCAUGUUUUCUAAAGGAAAAUGAUUUUUAAUAAAUGAAUAAAUAAUGGGCAGUAAGCAGCAAUAAGGAGACAAAAUACUAGCCACAUUUGAAUUUAUACCUGUAAAUAUUUUCUUUUGCAUUUGCAAUAUUGUGUAUUAUAUGUACAUGGUGUUUCCUUUUUCAAAAAGACAUCUUUUCUUACAAUAGCUGUUUUUCUUUUUUUAAGUUUGUGUUUUAGCUGAACUGUUCGGGAAGCAGGAAUGGAUGAGAAAAUUCCCUUUGUUAAUCCUCUUUUUUUUACCGUAGAGUCUUUGUACUGAAUGUUUUUAUUUUCAUGCAUAUUCCUAACAGUAUCCUGGGAUUCACGUGGACGUCGUCACACCUCCACCUCCUGCUUUUCUUUGGCCUCUCGCUGCUGCUGCUGAACUCUGUGUAGAAUCCAGGAGUUCCACUUUAUUAAUCCACACGUUUGUUCUGAUGAGAAGCUCGGCUUAAUCACCAUAUCAUUUUACCCCCCCUGCCCCAUCACUGCCCCCUCUAACAACACAGAUUAUAUUGUAAAGUAAAGGACUUUAUGAGAUUAUGUUUGAAAAUAGCUUUGCUUAUAUACUACAGUGACUGAAUGUACAGUGUAUAGAUGCAUUACCAGAAAUAAAGUUGUUUGUCCAGAUUGAAA